CUUCCGGCCGCCUCUAUCGCCUCUCAGCUGGAAACCCUGCGUCCCUUUGAGUCACACACUGGCCGUGUUGCCCCAAGGAUCGCCUGCCUACUUAAGGAAGGUAGCCGUCUGUGCCGUGUGUUGGUUUCAUGAGCAGCUUGCCCUUCAUUGUGACCAUUUCGAACCCUGCCACCUCCCUUUGGCAUUGUCCGAACUUCUCCCCUCGAUCAGUGAUUCGAAUACUUGCGAUACCACACAGCACGAAUAUCUCGUUCGCCGUUGCCUCCUUGAAUUCCCGUCGACGACGCGAACUGUCCAAAGAGCUUCUGUCAUCGUUAGCUACCCCGCUACCCCGCCUCCACCCAUCAAGGCUCAAACACCCAGCCUGAAAUCGACCAAUCCAACCUAACGGAAAAACCAUCAUCAACCUACCUCUCCCAAACCAAAAAUAUUGCCCAGCAUGGUUGGAGCCCCUGGAUCGAGUUCGCGUGGCCGAGGCGGCAAGUUCAAGAAGUACACUCGAGGAGGUGGCAAGCACUUCUCGCGCGACAUUCGCCCCCUUGAUGCCGAUGGAAAUGAAGUGAGCAUUUGGGCCGAAGAUGGGAAGACAAAGGGUGAGGACGACUCUGAUGACUCUGACGAGGAUUCUGAGGAGGACUCCGAGUCCGAGGAGGACAGCGAAGACGAGGCCGCCACCGCCGCCCAAGCCCAAGUCGCUUCUCGCGAAGACCGCAAGGCUGAGAAGAAGGCCCGUAAAGAGGCAGCCAUAGCCAAGUCGAGGGGGAAGACUGUCGAGGUGGGCGACAUGCCCUCCAGCGACGAGGAUGAGAGCGAGGACGACGAUAUGCCUGCCAACCCCAACCACUCCAAAGCCUCUCGGAACCAAGCUAAGGGCACUCCCGUUGAGGACAUCACUGAAGGAGUCGCAAACAUGGGCGCGCCUAGCAGCCGACGCGAGCGUGAAGCCUUGGAGGCUGUUGCCGCCAAGGAGAAAUACAUGCGCCUGCAGGCCCAGGGCAAGACAGAUGAGGCCAAGGCCGACCUGGCCCGCCUCCAAGUUAUCCGCGAGCAGCGAGCAGCCGAGGCCGCUCGACGACAAGCCGAGAAGGAGGAGAGAGAAGAGGUUGAGAAGAAGAAGAAGGCCGACUUCGAGGCGCGAGAGGCUCGCAAGAAGGAGGCGUCCGCUUCUAUCAAGAAGGGUAAGAAGAAAUAAACGGCGAGACCAAGGCUCUGAAAACGAGUCUUGCUGUGCCUCAGCUGUUAGCAAAAUGGUGCCUCUUGGAUGCUGCUGUAUCCGAAGUUGGUGCAAAGAGCAGAUGAUAAGAUACUCCCUCAUGAUGACGAAUACCACAAUUUUGGCAUGGCAUAUUCAAGGAACGAACACUGUAGAAAUUUCGUGAAGGUCUAAAGGAGUUGGCUGUGGGUGGCAUGUAGAUGAGUGAGUCAAUAUGGAUGAGGAGGUGUUGUGUCAAGGGAGGCAGUUACUUUCCAUGUAGGAGACACCCCUGCACAACGAGUCACAUUUGCCAAAGAGUCAUCCAGAUGGCUGCCAAGCCUUUCCCAACCACUGAGAGUAAGGAACAUAUGAACCUAAUUUUCACAUCGUAAUAUCGCUCGUUGACUGGUCG